UUCUUGAAGAAGGGUCCACCUCCUCCGACGCCGAACUCCAAGGGCCGACGAUUCUAGACGUGGACCUUUUUAAUAUUCCUCAGUGCGUGUGUUUUUGUGCGUUGCAGAAACAUAAUAUUGUGUGCAUCCAAUAAUAUUUUGCGCUUAUAAUACGAUCGAUGAUUACUUGAUUACCAUUUACCACCCCUCGGCCCUCGCUCGCUCUCUCUCUCUCUCCCCUCUAUUGAGCUCCUCCCAAAGACAAAACCCUAUAUUAAUACCUACCCACACGUCUCAUUCAUUGUACCCUCCGAAAUCCACUUGACGUUAGAUACUCUCCCGCUCCUCCUACCUCGUGUGCCCCUUUCCUCUUCUCAUCAUCAUCAUCAUAAAAAUAUCUCCCUGUCUUUCCUGUCUUCCCUAUUAAAAUCAUAUUCUUGAAAGGAGUGAACUGUGUUAGAUAUUUUAUUUUGAGAUCCGGCUUUGAGGAGAAAAUUCAGAUAAAAACAGAGAAUGAGGGGUUGUUGUGCAGUAGUAGAAGAUGGGUUCAUAUACGAAGAAGAGACGCAUUUCACAGUUCUCAAGACGUCCCUUUUCUUCGCCGGCGACGGCUUUACCGUGUAUGACUGCAAAGGACAGCUGGUUUUCCGAGUUGAUACCUACGGGCCCGACUCCGACAAGAGUGAGCUCGUUCUGAUGGACGCUUCUGGGAAAUGCCUCCUCACCGUCCGCCGCAAGAGGCCUAGCCUUCAUCAGAGAUGGGAAGGUUUCCUAGGAGAAAGGGUGGAGGGCCAGAAGCCAAUUUUCAGCGUGCGUAGAUCAUCAAUGAUUGGACGGUCGGGAUUGACGGUGGACAUGUACAACAACUCCGGCGAGGAGUACCACAUCGAGGGGUCCUAUGCACAGAGGUGCUGCACAUUCUUUAAUGCGGAGAAGGAAUCAGUGGCUGAGAUUCGACGCAAAGUGGACGCUUCGGCGAAUGUGAUGCUUGGGAAGGACGUGUUCUCUCUUUCACUACGGCCUGGUUUCGAUGGGGCCUUUGCCAUGGGACUCGUCCUUGUACUCGAUCAGAUCUACGGUGAUGACGAGGUUGUUGUUGAUGACAACUCCAAGGUUACCGUGCAGCCCACCACCGAGGAUGCUUCUUAAUCUCGUACUUUGGACAUAUUUACCGGAGUAGUGUCGCUUUGUCUGAGCUUAACUUUGUGUUUAAAUAAGAGAGUUUCAGCACAUGCUUACUUCUUUUAUCAUGUAGUACUUACUAUCUAUGUAGUGUAUAUCAAUCAGUAAAGCCCUUUUCUUUUUGGGCUUUUGUUCCUCACUUUUACUCAACCUUUUGUCCCCAUGACACUCACACUCUACCAGAUUAAUACUAAUAAUUAGCUGAUCCCCCAAAA